GCGCAGCCCCGAGGGGAGGGUGGGAAGGGAGGAUCCGACGCGCGGCCGCCAGUCCCGCCUUACACUCGCGCUUGGGCACCAGCAGCAAGCAGCAGCAGCAGCGCCUCCGCUCCGGAGUCACACCGCUUUUGGUCCUGCAGCUUUCCUAUCCACGCGCCGAGAGGGCAGCCAAGCAUGUUCCAGUGGAAGAAAACCAUCUACAAGAGCGUCCUCUUGUCCUUCGUGCUGGUCGUCACGGUGACGGUGCUGCAAAGAGGGAUGACCCCGAACCAGUUCCUUCAGAGCCAGCAGCAGAAAGAGCUUUCCUCGGAGCCUGUGAAAGAGAAGAGGGAUAACGUCCUCUCGGUGGCCAACAACUUCUGGAAGAAGGGCCAAGACCUCGUGACCAAAGCUGCCGAGGUGACGGAGAAGCAGGUGCGGAGCUGGGACGUCACCACCACCAACUGCACCGCCAACCUCAACUCCAGCAAAGACGACUGGUUCAAGGGGCUGGAGCCCAACUUCCAGCAGUUCCUACUCUACCGCCACUGCCGCUACUUCCCCAUGAUCAUCAACCACCCGGAGAAGUGCAGCGGGGACAUCUACCUGCUGGUCGUGGUGAAGUCCAUCAUCACCCAACACGACCGCCGGGAGGCCAUCCGCAAAACGUGGGGCCAAGAGAGGGAGGUGGACGGCAAGAAGGUCCGCACCCUCUUCCUCUUGGGCGUCGCCUCCAAGGAAGAGGAGCGGGCCAAUUACCAAAAGCUACUGGAAUACGAGAACCACAUCUACGGCGACAUUUUGCAGUGGGACUUCUUGGACAGCUUCUUCAACCUCACCCUCAAGGAAGUGAAUUUCCUGAAGUGGCUCACCAUCUACUGCGACAACGUCCGGUAUAUCUUCAAGGGCGACGACGACGUCUUCGUCAGCCCGAGCAACGUAUUGGAGUACCUGGGGGACCAAAAGGCAGGCGAUCUCUUUGCGGGCGAUGUCCUCUACAAGGCCAGGCCAAUCCGCAAGAAAGAGAACAAGUACUACAUCCCCAAUGCUUUGUACAGCAAGACGCAUUAUCCGCCCUAUGCCGGCGGGGGCGGCUUUGUCAUGGACAGCCCGCUGGCCCAGAAGCUCCACAAGGUCUCCGAGACUCUCGAGCUGUACCCCAUCGACGAUGUCUUCCUCGGCAUGUGCCUAGAGGUCCUGAAGGUGACGCCCGUGGCGCACGCCGGCUUCAAAACCUUCGGCAUCGUGAAAAACAAGAACAGCAAGAUGAACAAGGAGCCGUGUUUCUUCCAGAACAUGCUGGUCGUUCAUAAACUCCUGCCCCCGGAGCUGCUCCGAAUGUGGGAUUUGGUGCAUAGCAAUUUAACGUGUUCCAGAAAACUCUACGUUCUUUAGCUCUUCCCGUCUGCGAAGGAACCCUGGGUCUCCGGGGGGGAAGAAGCUGGAGGGAAACAAUUGUGGGUUCGACCUCCCGGACUCCUCUUUUCCAGCAAUGCGAAGAGGUGGGGUUACCGUGUUUGGGGGGGGUCUAGGGGGAGAAGGGUUUGAAAAGGGUAUCUCUCGGAUUGCUUUUGGCUUCCCCUGGAAUGGAGAGGUGACGAAGGAUGCAGAAAAAGCUCGGACAAGGAUAAGUGGAAGCCACCAAUGGGAGAGACGAGGACAGAGAUGGAACCAGAGAGGAAACCCUGAAGACGUUUGCCCUCCAGGUUUUGGGGUGCAAGAAUUUUCACGGCGGUGAGCAGGCAGGAAGUGUGACGGAGUCCAAUCCUCUUCUCUCUCUUGUGGCGUCCUUUUCCCGCUGCGGGCUGGCCCCAAAGCUAACCCCCUUUUUGUGUGUGUACGUAUGUGUGGUGUGUAACUAAAAGCAGUCUUGAACGGGA